AAUUCAAAGUAGAGGAAGGUGGCGAGGAAAAUAAAGUAGAAGAUGCAUAUAAUGAGGAAACAGAAGAAAUUAAUUGGGAUUGUCCAUGUCUAGGAGGAAUGGCAAAUGGUCCUUGUGGUGAACAAUUCAAAGUGGCAUUUUCUUGUUUUGUUUAUUCAAAAGAAGAACCAAAAGGUAUUGAUUGUCUUGAUGCAUUCAAAGAGAUGAAUAAUUGA